GUCUCGCUCAAGGACAGUUUGACAUGUGGAAGACUGGGAUCUGUCUGUUUACCUGUCUGUCUGUUAAUGUCUUUAUAUACAGUCAGUGAUGUUCUUUAUAUACAGUCAUUAUAUACAUCUCUUCUCCAGGUGACCAUGUCGGUGCUUGACUCCGCCCCCAGCAGUGGUGACCCCUGCCUCAGUAUCGUUCACAGCCUCAUGUGUCACCGACAGGGUGGAGAGAAUGAGGGCUUCGCUAAGCGGGCGAUCGAGAGCUUGGUGAAGAAGCUGAAAGAGAAAAAAGACGAGCUGGACUCGCUCGUCACCGCGGUUACCACCAACGGCGUCCAUCCCAGCAAGUGUGUGACCAUCCAGAGGACGCUGGAUGGACGCCUGCAGGUAGCAGGUAGAAAGGGUUUCCCUCAUGUGAUCUACACUCGUCUGUGGCGUUGGCCCGACCUCCAUAAGAACGAACUCAAACACAUGAAGUUCUGUCAGUUUGCGUUUGACCUGAAGUACGACAGUGUGUGUGUGAACCCCUAUCACUACGAGAGGGUGGCGUCUCCCACCACCGCAGGUAGACACUCACCUGUCUCACCUCAUGCACAGGGUCCUCACACUCUGAUAAAGGAGGAGUUCAUUCAGGACUGUCUGAAGAUUGAGCUGCCCCCCCACUCUGACCCCUACAACCAGCCCCGUCCUGUCAACAUGUAUCCCAGCAUGCCACUGUCACCUCCAGGCAGCAGCUCCAUGUGUGGUAGAAGAGGCAUUAGUGGGGAGGUAGGGGCUGUGGGUGUUGGCGGUGAGGGCCCGGGAGGCCUUCAGAUUGACCUGUCUCAGAGCCAGGGGGGUCGGGCCUCGCCACCUAAAUGGAAUCCUCCGAUCACCCCUCAGCCUCCUCACCUGUCCACUCCAACCACAACACACCAGCAGAGCCCAGAGUACAGCAACCCUUCUAAUACAACCACCUGGACAGGUAAUGACUUCGCCCGCUACAGUGAUGUAGGACCUCUACAGAGUAGGCGGAGCCACCAGCAGCCUCCAUUACAUCAUUCUCAUCACUCCCCUAAUACUUGCUUCUGGUCUCAGCAUCACAGCACCACUCCGUAUCCACAACCUGUGUCCAACCACCCCGGUCCAGAGUUCUGGUGUUCGAUCUCUUACUUUGAGUUGGACAUCCAGGUUGGAGAGAUUUUUAAGGUCCAGUCCAGCUAUCCCCUGGUGACUGUGGAUGGAUACGUGGAUCCCUCAGGAGGAGAUCGUUUCUGUCUGGGACAGCUGAGCAACGUCCAUCGCAGUGCCACCAGCCACCGUGCUAGGCUUCACAUCGGUCGAGGAGUUCAGCUGGAGUGUCGGGGGGAGGGAGAUGUCUGGAUGCGUUGCCUUAGCGACCACUCUGUGUUCAUUCAGAGUUACUACCUGGAUUGUGAGGCCAGCGGAGCACCUGGAGACAGAGUUCGUAAGAUCUACCCGGGAGCUUGUAUUAAGGUAUUCGACUUGCGGCAGUGCCACAGACAGAUGCAGCGGCAAGCAGCAGCAGCUCAGGCCACUGUGCUUAUUGGUUCGAUUCCCGGCCCGAACAGUGUUGGAGGAGUCGCCCCUGCUGUCGGUGUGUGUACACCGGCAGGUCUGGGUGUGGACGACCUGCGCAGGUUGUGUAUCGUGCGUCUGAGCUUCGUUAAAGGUUGGGGGUGUGACUACCCACGACAGAGCAUCAAAGACACCCCCUGCUGGCUGGAGGUUCACCUAUACCGGGCCCUGCAGCUGCUUGACCAGGUGCUGCACAUGUUGCCGCCACAAGAGCAUGUGCUCUGACACCCCGCAACAGGUGUGUGUGAGAUGUUUCUAUAAGCCCUGCCCACCUCAUGCUCCUACACACAGUUGUAAACAACACUCCAUUGCUCAUCGGUCGGCUUCAGACAAUCAACCAACAGCAGCACCUUAUUCCUCCUGUCAAUCAAAUAAGUUUCCAUGGAUACCAGUCACAUAUUAAAAGGUCAGUCCACUGAAUAACAGAACAUAAAGAUUUCCUGUUGUAGAACCAGAGCCAGAAGUGGAGCCUGUACUACAGAGAGAGUUCUACAUAUCCAGGAUCUCUUUAUUCAGCUGAACUUAACUUAAUGACACAGUCAGGCUCAGUGGUCACAUGAUGCUGGUUAUCAACUCAUUAAGUUAACUCAGGUUUUACUGUAGAG